GCCGGUUCUCUUGCAGCUUUUUAAAUCAUUCGGGUUUCUUUCUCCCUGCACAAACCAGCCCAAAUCUGUCUUCAACCCAUGACCUCUCCUCUCCCAAAACUUGCCAUUCACUCUCUCAACCACCAAAAUCCCUCCAAAUCUCCAAAGCCCAUCCCUUAAACACUCAAAUACCAUCAAAUCCUUACCUACCCAACACAAAACCUCAAGCUUUUCACUUCAAUUUGUGUGGGAUCUGCUGUAUUUUUCGUGUGGCUGCUGGGAUUUCUCUCUCAUGGCUUCAAGAAGGGCUGGAAGUAAAAGGAAACAAGUGGGUAGUUCUAGCACCGGUGGUCAAGCUCAAGAAGAAGGUAACAUCUCCCAAUCAAAUCUCUUUUUGGAUACCCAAGCUUCUGCAAAGGAACUUGGGUGGAAGGAUUAUGUAGAAAUUAAAGAGCAUGUGUACUAUGAAGUUGUUCAUCAAUUUUAUGCUAAUUUGAAACCAAGAGGGAAUAAAUGCAAAACUAUGGUUGCUGGGGUCUCAUUUCAGUUUUCACCAAGGGAUAUUUGUGCUGUAUUAGAUAUACUUGAAGGAGGAGAUGAUGAGUUUCGAGAUGUGAAUCAUGCCUUAGUUAGAGCAAGAAUUGCCCCUAAUUGCACUGAAAAUCAAAUUAAAGUGGGGUCCCUUACACCAAAAAAUAGGGCUCUACAGUGGAUUAUAUCUCGCAUUAUAGCUCAGAGAAAGGGGUUAAAAUCUUUUGUACUUGCUAGUGAUCUUCCCUGGUUCGACUAUCUUCUUAAUGGAAAAAGGGUGAAUCUUGGAAGAUUCAUUUUCCAGAGCUUAGUCAAGAAUUACUCCUCGGAUAUGGGUCUUCUGCAUGGUGCAUUGAUCACUAGGUUAGUAAAGAGGAACAACAUUGAUCUUGAAUCUUUUAAGCAUGGGAGAAUUAAAGCUGGGACCAUUCUCACUAAAGCAUCCUUUGAAAAAAUGCAAGUUGUGUUUCGGAAUGGUAGUUGGAUGAAGAAAGGGGAUCAAGUAAUGGAACAGCAAGCUGAUGAAGAAGAAGGUGAUACAGAUCAAGAAAUGGCAGAGCAAAGGGAAGAAGAACAUGAAGAUGACAGCCCAAGACCUUUUCAAGCCUCCAUGUAAAGGACAAACCGGUUAUGCAUUUUAUGUUUAAUUGACUAUGGAUAUUUCUUGAACCUUUCUAUCUUGUUUUAUGAAUGGAAAUGACAUCACUUGUGUUAUCAUGCUUUGUGAAUGGUUGUUUAUGAUUUUGAUGAUUAUAUGCUCUUAUUGAGGGGGAGUUUAUUGGUUGAUGAUUGUAUUCAUGACUUUGGUUGUCUAUGGUGCUAUAUUGAUGAUGAUUGAUGAUUAUAUUCAUUACAUAUUCUUGAUGCUUUAAAGGUUGAUAGCAUGAAUUAAGGGGGAGUUUAUUG